AACCCAUCCCACCGAUUCAACCAACCCAACCCAUUCAACCAAUGCAACCAAUGCAACCAAUGCAACCCAACCCUCCAAUCCAGCCGAUCCCACCCAUUCAGCCGAGCUGGCCUGCUCAACUACCCCCCCCGACGGGUUACCUGCCGUCUCCAGUGGCUCCGGCGUGGCACGGUAAUCCCGGUCAGCCCGGUUGGCCCGGUCAGGGGCCCGCAGGAGGAGCUCCGAAGCCGUGGCCCCCAGCACCAGCCAUCGCUCCUGUAACGGUUCCUUUCAACAUGAAUUUCCCCCGCGGCAUCUACGACAAGCUGAUGCUGACUAUCAGAGGACAGAUUCGACCAGACGCCAAGAUGUUCACGAUCAACUUCCUGCGCGGUAACGACAUCGCUCUUCACAUCAACCCGCGCUUCAGCGAGGGAGGGAAGCCGGUUCUGGUCCGCAAUCACAAACUGGGAGAGCGCUGGGGGAAAGAGGAGCGGGAUCUUCUGUCGCCGUUCCCCUUCAUGCCCGCUCAUCACUUUGAGAUGAAGAUCCUCUGCACCUUCACGGAGUUCAAGGUGGCCGUCAACAACACGCCUGCGUUUGACUUCCAGCACCGCAUCAAAGAGGUCAACCAGAUCGACCGCAUCAACAUCCUGCACGACGUCACGCUCACGUCCGUCAACGUGGACACGCUCCCAUGAGCCUCCGCGAGCCUAAUCAAGCACAUUAAACUACAGCGGCAGCAUCACACGAUUACACUCAGAGACACCCCACAUGUGGUCAUUUUGACCUGGAGAGGAAUUUCUUCUUCACGAAAAUGCUAGUAAAUGUUUUCACACUGGACUAAAACUUACUGACUGCUCACACGGAGUAUAAGAACUUCACAAAAAAUGAUCAUUUUACGAUUUUUCCCCCCACACCUUGUUUCUAGUCAAAAAUGACCAGCCUACA